AUGCGGGAACGUGAUGAUCGAAAACCAUCUGUCACCCAAAACUUGUCGGAAAUAAUGCUCGAGGUGAGUCCUAUUUUCAUUAUAAAUUCUGCGUUGGGGUCAAGUAGCACAAACACACUGACCGAUCUCGCGCAACGAAGACAUGGCGCGGGGGCGCAUCGCCGUUCCAACGCCAGCAGUACGGUGUCGACGCAUUCAGGAGGAAGAUCCACAUGUGCAAUGAUGAAUACUUUGCACAUGGCUGUUGCUCACAAACAACGAGACAUUGUUGAACUUCUUCUCAAAAAUGGCUAUGAUCCAAAUACACCAGCAUCGUGUCAUUGUAAAGGAAACUGUACGGCGACUGGUAAUAUACCACUGACGUCAAUCAUUCCAAGAACGCACUCCAUGACGCCAGAAUUGUGUUCAACGUGCUCACAGCUUCGUGUCGUGUCAAUUGUGGAUCAGACGCCGUUGGGUGUUGCAGUGAGGUCGCAGUCAAGCGAGCUGAUAGCAUUGCUCAUCGCUUACGGAGGAGAUGUCAAUUUAGGAGAGAGGUCUUGCAGAAUUUCGGGAGAAAGAUCUUGGGAGAAGUUGGCAUAUUCUAAAAAUAAUCGCCGCUGUCGUGGCCCUGCCUACACACGCUCAUUUUCUUUGGAGCCCAAAUUGAGCAAAAAAAUAUGCGAGGAAUCUGUCCACUUGACCUUGCUCCUGAGCUCAAAAAACUUCAGCAGACAUGUGUUGAAGAGCUUUUCAAGAACGCGUGCUCUGGAGAUAGUGAACCGCCGUCUCGAUCCACACCAGGUCCAUCAGCGAAAAAUUGGAAUCGACUUCAAGUCGACAAUGGUGAGUGUCAAGAUUUCUCAAGGAGAGCGAUCACUGUCCAAAGCACCUCUGAGCCCAAAACCGUCUGCUGCAGCGAGUGUCUCCACGUGCAGUAUGCUGGAAACGUCGUCGGCCAAAGAAUCUGCCAGGAGGAAGUCGUUGGUCUCACUUCAACUUCAUCGCAAAUCCAGAAAUGUCAAAGAAUAUUUCCAGCUUCCGACCCGCCCUUAUCACUAUUCCUUUCUUUUUCCUCCCCGCUUCCUACGAUUUCAAACCCCAAUUUCUUGUUUUGAGUUUGCACACAACACUUUGUUGCUUUAUUCGGCUCUCUGCAGUUUGGCCCCAAUCUUAAAUGUGUUUCCACCGCCGUUGCCUUCGUUUGAUUAA